AUGUCUGGCUCAGAGGCGGGGAGAGAUACCUGUUCAGAGGUCGAAAAGGAGGCCCCAAAAUUGAUGGCGGAAUUGACUGGAGAUGGCGAUGUCCUUACCCAUGUCCGCACAGGUGAAGGAGCAGACCCAGAAAGUUCAAGCGACACUGUCGAUUUUCACACUGAGGAGGACUUUCACCAUUUUGUCAGCAGUGAGGAAAGCCUGUACCAUCACCACCUAGAGGAAGAGGAGGAGACCGAGGAGGAAGAUGAAGAACGACAACAGCUUCAGGUAUGUGCGCAGUACCGGGAGAACAACCAUGAGGAUGAGGAUCAGGCCCUGGAGCAAUGGGUGACUUCAGAGACAUCUGCCCUCCCGCGACCUCACUGGCAAGUCCUUACUGCACUCAGGGAGCGGCAGCUGGGUUCCAGUGCUCGUUUUAUAUGUGAGGCCUGUGGGUCAAGAAUCUUUGUGCAGCGUUUCAGCUUCCAAUAUGGCCUUGAGGGCCAUUUAAGUUGUGUGAACACUGUGCAUUUUAAUCAACGUGGCACCUGGUUGGCUACUGGUAGUGAUGACCUACGGGUGAUCGUGUGGGAUUGGAUAGGGAAGCGGCCAGUACUGGACUUUGAGAGUGGCCACAAAAGUAAUGUCUUCCAGGCUAAUUUCCUUCCUAAUUGUGGUGAUUCCAUCCUCGCUACGUGUUCCCGUGAUGGCCAGGUACGGGUGGCAGAACUAUUGGCUCCAACAUGUGGGAAGAACAGUAAGUGUGUGGCCAAACAUAAGGGAGCUUGUCACAAGUUGGCCCUGGAGCCAGACUCCCCUUUUAAGUUCUUAAGUUCAGGUGAAGAUGCCAUUGUUUAUACCAUUGAUCUCAGACAAGGGCAGCCAGCUUCAAAAGUGGUGGUAACAAAAGAGAAGGAGAAGAAAGUGGGACUAUAUUCAAUCUCUGUGAAUCCCAGCAAUACCUACCAGUUUGCAGUGGGUGGACGAGAUCAGUUUGUAAGGAUUUAUGACCAAAGAAAAAUUGAUGAGAAUGAGAACAAUGGAGUACUUAAGAAAUUCGUUCCUCAUCACAUGCUCACCUGUGAUUUCAAAACAAGUAUCACCAGUCUUGUGUACAACCAUGAUGGCACAGAGCUCCUAGCCAGCUACAGUGAUGAAGAUAUUUACCUCUUCAACUCCUCUGACAGUGAUGGAGCUCACUAUGUUAAGAGAUAUAAGGGCCACAGAAAUGAUGCCACAGUGAAAGGUGUCAAUUUCUAUGGCCCCAGAAGUGAGUUUGUGAUGAGCGGUAGUGAUUGUGGACACAUCUUUCUCUGGGAGAAAACAUCUUGCCGGAUCAUUCAGUUCAUGGUGGGAGACAAGAAAGGUACGGUCAAUUAUCUUGAAGCCCAUCCUCACCUACCUGUGAUGGCAACUUGUGGCCUGGACCACGAUGCCAAGAUCUGGGCACCCACAGCUGCAGCCUCCACUGAGCUUACUGGGUUAAAGAAUGUGCUUAAGCAGAACAAGCAGAAAAGAGAUAUAGAUAACUUGUACAAUCCUGACAUGUUUGACAGUCACAAGCUUUGGUUCCUCACAAGUCACCUUACACAGAGAAAUCAUUACCAGCACUGGGGAGGUCCUGGCCUUCAGGGCAUGAGUGCAGACUUACUUGAGUCUUCCAGCACCUCAGAUACAUCUGAGGAAGAAGAAAGCCAAGACUGA